AUGCAAAGGAGUGAUCGGAGGGUUAGCUCCACAUUCAUAUACAGUCUCCAAAUUUACAAUCCACGGAAUUGUAAAAUCCGUGGCGAGCGAGCUCUGCAAACAUGGCGUGCGUAUAAGUUGUAUCUUACCGAGUGGGGUGGCAACACCGGUGGCUCUCCGUUAAAUUCAGAAAGCGUUUCCGACGGUGACGGAGGAGACGCUCCCCAGACGUUAAAAGGGAUGGGUGAGUUGAAAGGAGCCGAGUGUGAAGACGCUGACAUGGCGAAGCCUGCUCUGUAUUUGGCCUCUGACGACGAAAAAUAUGUUACUGGCCAUAACUUGGUCGUUGACGAUGGCAUGAGUGCUUUCAAAAUUGCUAGUUUUGACAGAGAUAUUUCUAGAGCAUCAUAA